AUGUCUACUGUUCUCUCCUCCAAAACCAUCCUGAAAGAGUUGAACCUGAACAACAGCCGUCUGCGGGACUCAGGAGUCAAAGAGAUCUGUGAGGGACUGAAGAAUCCUGUGUGUGAGCUGAAGAUACUCAAACUUUCAGACUGCAGUAUCACAGAAGAAGGUUAUAAAGCUCUGGCUUCAGCUCUGAGAUCAAACCCUUCACACCUGAUAGAGCUGGAUCUCACAGGAAAUGAUCCUGGACAAUCAGGAGUGAAGCAGCUCAGUGAUUUACUACAGGAUCAACACUAUACAUUGAAGACCAUCAGGUUUUUGAAAAGUCCUGCUGCACAGGAAGCGUGUGAGUAUCUUACUAAAGCUCUGGGUACAAGUCCAUUAUUACUGACAGAACUGGAUCUGAGUGGAGAACAAUUAGGGAGAUCUGGAUUGGGAGAAGCUCUCUGCUCUUUUGAGGGGGGGGGACUCUCAUAG